AUGAGUGAAACAGACUCGACAAUCGUUCUUCAGGAGCUGAAGGACUCGGACAAGGGUGAAAUGACCAUAGACAAGCGAAUGGAUGCUCAGGAUGUUCCAAAAGCCGAGAUUAUUGUAAGUUUUCUUUGUUAUCUUGUUUUAUGUUUAACAAGAUAACAAAGAAAACUUUUUAUGUUUUUUUGAAAUACUGAUUUAGUUAACGUUAAGUUUAGCAACAAAGGUGAUAGCCUUCUCAAAAGCAGUAAAAUUACUUUUUUUGUUAUUAGAGAGGAAAAAUCUUGUUUUUUAAAUGUGAAUUUAGUAUAACAUUGGUCUUUAUGAUCAGGAAUAUUAAUGUAUCUUUAGGAGGACGUCCCAACUUAUUUGAAAGACAAAAAUAUUGACUUAGACUUGGCUAUUACUCAAAUAAAGGAUCUUUAUAAGAAGUAUCAGACUGUCGAAGGAGCUAUUCAGGAGAGGCGGAGUCGGUAAGAGGUUUCACAAAGUCUAUAACUUGAUAUGCAUGGUCUUAGCUGUAUUUGUUUAUGUAUUUUGAUGUAAUUAGCUAAAAACAAAAAGAAUAUUAUUUUAAGGUUUUAUUUUUAGAUUGCUGGCAAAUCUUCCCGACUUUGAACAAUCUUUGAACUACAUUGACAUGGCUAAAACAGCUAAAGUAAGUUGUUCUACAUUAUUAUAAGUUGGUGUUUAGGAAAAAGGAAAGACGGAGCUGCCAUUGUUGUACAAGUUGGACGAGAAUGCUUAUCAGCGAGCAAAAAUUACUGAUUUGGAUACAGUGACAUUACUAUUGGGUUCCAACACUUAUGCCGAGUUCACAUUGGACGAAGCUCGAGACUUGUUGAAGAAUAACAUUGAAGGAAUCAACAAAUUGUAAGAUUAUUGAUUGCUUUAGGCUAUGAGGACUUAGAAAUGUUAUAGAAAGUAUUUUUUGAAGAGUUAUAUUAUUUUAGAUUAAAAAUAUAUUAUAUUAGGUUCAAAAUUUGAUGUUGUUGUAGGAUGUCAACUUUAAAAGAGGAACUAGACUGGAUUCGGGACCAAUGCACUACGUGCGAAGUGUCAAUGGCUCAUCUGUACAACUAUGGUGUAUCGACCAAGAAGACUCAGGUUAAGGCUUGA